AGGAAAACUUGGCGUGUGUACACGUAAAAUGAAUGAAUUAAAGGAAAUUGUUGAAGAUAUUGAAGCAAGCAUUGAACAAUUUCAUCAGGCAUUAAAUGAAUUCAAAGAAUGUCAUCAGUCUGUGCAAGAGCUGCUUGAGGGAGAAGAAAAAACAGCUGAUAAUGAGGACUGGUACCAACCAAGAAUGCAAACCUUUGAAACAUUUUAUGUUACUGACGUAGGAGCAUGGAGAGCCAAUCAAUUCAUGCAAGCACAAGCUGCACAAGCUGCAGUGUCUCAUCUUGACGGCAUAUCUAAUUCUGGUAAAGCAGAGCAAUCACAGACUGUUGUAAGCCGUGUCUCCAGAUCAUCAUCAGUGUCUUCGGCACGGCUAAAGGCUGAAGCUGAGAAGGCAGCCCUACUGCAACGUACAGCUGCUCUGCAGAAAAAGCAUGCUUUGGAAAGGGAAAGAAUUGAGGUGCAAAAUGCAAUAGAAAGAGUCGAACUUGAAACAGAGCUGGCUGCAGCUCAGGCCAAAGUGCAAGUGUUUGAGUGCAUUGAUGUUGAGGCCACUAAUUCUAAAUUCACCUCAACAGAACUUUCAGAACUACCAGGCGAUGGUAUGAAUGCUUAUCUGGAGAGUCAUUAUGCAAGAAUUCAUCCAGAACUCUCACCAGUGCAAUAUGCCAAGAUCUCUGUAGUUCCCAAAACACCGCUGCAAAGAGUUCUGACACAAGAUGCAAGGCCAAAGAGGCCUCUACAGCCUGCUCACUCAAUCCCAUUGAAUCCGGCCAAUCAUAAUGCUGCAGGCUCUUCCAGACCACCCAUGCCUUCAAGCUCCAUUAAUAACAACCUGGGUGCGAUCGCUGAUCUCAUUGUGCAGCAACAAAAGUUGACUUCUCUUCCUACUAGAAAUGUGACUGUGUUCAACGGUGAACCGCUUAAUUUCAAGCCAUUCAUGCUGGCAUUUCAACACUGCAUAGAAAAUAAUACUAACAGUAGCCAAGAUCGGCUAUAUUAUCUCGAACAGUACACGUCCGGGCAGCCUAAGGAGCUGGUCAGAAGUUGCCUUCAUAUGGAUGCAGACAGAGGGUAUGCAGAGGCAAAAAGGCUACUGGAACAUCAUUUUGGGGAUGAAUUUAAAAUCACUAAUGCGUACUUGGAUAAAGCGUUGAAUUGGAGCAACAUUCCAACAGACAAUGGAGAAGCUUUGCAAAGCUAUACUCUUUUCCUGCGUGGAUGUUGCAAUGUAAUGCGUACCUUGUGGUACAUGGAUGAACUUAACCUUCCAUCAAAUUUGAGGCUUCCUAUCUCUAAGGUGCCAUACAAGCUAAGAGAAAAAUGGAGAGCAUGUGCUUUUGACAUUAGGGAACGAACUGGAGCCAGGGACACAUUUGAUAAUCUUGUCCACUUCCUGGAAAGGCAGGCCAGGAUUCUACAAGACCCCAUCUUUGGCAAUCUCCAAGAUGCCACCGCAACCAAACGACCACCCAAAGCAACCAUCAGCGUCACCAAGCCCAUUCUAAGUCCUAAACAGAAGACCAGAGGGAGCAGUUUUGCAACGACAGUGGCAGCAGUGCCACACGACAAUGCAGCGCGUUCUACUGCAGAGAGCACAGUGCAAGUGUCAAGGGUGUCCAUCAUGCCAAAACUCUGUCCUGUCUGUAAUGGUGAACAUGAUAUUGCAGACUGCCAAGAGCUGGUGCUGAAGGAACCCCAAAUGACGAUGCAGUGAACUAUGCAGCACUGCAUUUUAAAAAGAGAAAAGAAACUGAUGACUGUAGAGCAGCCCUCUGUGCUACUGAAGCCCUGCCUACUGAGGAAGACUCUGUGAUUUAUUCAGGGUUGGCCCUGACAACCAGAACUUGAAGAAAAUGUAUGAAUUUCCAUUUUAUUACAGAUGUCAUUUGUUCAAGUAAUUCCAUGUUCAGUUAAGCCUUUCGGGUAACUCUUCAUGAAGAACUUAUCUGUGGUUAAUCUGCAUGUAUGUAAUGUAGAAAUGUGGUAUUUUAAUAAGAUAAGAUAAGAUAAGAUAACAUAUACUUUAUUGAACUGUGUGGGUUAAUUUGUCCUCUGCAUUUGACCCAUCCUAGUUACCUAGGAGCAGUGGGCAGCCAUAGUGCAGCGCCCGGGGAGCAAUGUGGGGUUAAGGGCCUUGCUCAAGGGCCCAACGACUGUGCGGAUCAUUUUAUUGUGGCUCGACCGGGAUUCGAACCACUGACGUUGUGGCUCCCAGUCAUGUACUGAAAUGGGGAAGUGGCCACUUAUGCAUAAUAAUGACAUAAAGAUAAACCUCAAAUAAUUUUUGCAGUGAAGGACCUGUGAUCGUUUUUUUAUUGAGGGAUACAAUCAGUGCUUUUCACCAGCUGCAUGCAAGAAAUGUAUCAAUAAAGCUCUUGCUUUUAGAUUUCAUAACGGACCAUUUAAUUGCUUAAUUGAUUCAUCUUUUAUGAGUUUUUUUCUAAAAUGUCUGUUAAAGAGUUUUCUGUUAAUAAAUAAAACGAAAUAAACAU